AUGGCACAACGCACCCUUUUCCCUGGCGUUGCUGUUGUCACUGGAGCAGGCGGGACAGGUAUCGGAAAUGCGACUGCUCUCGCCUUUGUCGAGGCCGGUUGCACAAGCCUCGCCAUCACCGACCUUAACCCUGACUCGCUUCGCGAGACCGCCAUUCAGGUUGUCGAGAAGAACCCCUUUGUGAAUCUGUUUGAAGAAGCAGGCGACAUCUCCGACGAAAAGUUCGUCGACUCUUUCAUCGCCAACGUGGCCGAGCAUUUUGACCGCAUCGAUUACUGCGUCAACUCUGCUGGCAUCUUGGGCAAAAACGAAAACUCGACUGAGAUGUCGAUUGAAGAUUUCGACAAGAUCAACAACGUCAACUAUCGCGGAUGCUGGCUUACGUCCAGGGCCCAGCUGAAAGUCAUGCUGAACCAAGAGCCACUACCUAGCCACGAUGGAUCGCGAGCGCCGCAAAGGGGCAGCAUUGUGAACAUUGCCAGCCAACUCGGCGUAGUUGCACGGCCCAAAGCUCCGGCAUACUGUGCGUCAAAGGCUGCCGUCAUUGCCAUGACCCGCUCCGAUGCCAUCGAUUACUCCGAACACGGCAUCCGCGUGAACUGCAUCUGCCCGGGAGUCAUAGAGACGCCCAUGACUACAAGUACUCCCGAGGUUACCGAAAGGCUGAAGCCGGCCAUCGAUAUCGCCCCGAUGAAGCGAAUGGGAAAGCCCUCCGAAGUCGCUGAUGCUGCGCUUUUCCUUUGCUCUACAAAGGCAAGCUUUGUUCAAGGGCAUGCCAUGGUUGUUGACGGAGGAUAUGUCAUCAACUAA